UCGUCAUCGCCAGGCAAACGAAAAUUAGAAAAUGAAAUGUCUUUACUAGGUAAAAGUAAAAGUGCCAGGAAAAUGUUACAAGCAGCUUUAAUGAAGAGUACAAUAGAGGGUCAGUCUAUGAGUCCAAACCAGGAAUACAGAGGUUAUCAGGGAAGUACUUCGGUAAUGGAGUGGGAUGAGGACAGUUGUAGUACCACCUCAUCAAUUCUAGACACUAUACCAUCACUAAAAACACGUAUCAAACCUGAUUGCUUUGACCAAAGAAGCACAGACACAGACUCCAUGCUAUCCAUGUUUGUACCACAUAGUAAACGCGGACGCAAGAGAAAACGAAUUGAAGUGAAAGAAACUAAUCCCAUAGAAAGUGAUGCUGAUUUUACCAGCAGCAGUAUCCUCAGUGAUAAAGCCAUGUCACUAAAACAUCUCAGACAAUCUAUUACCUCAUAUUUUGGUGCAGAAGGCAGACUAGUCUGUGGGGAGAAGUUUAAAGUUUUAGCAAAGCGAAUCACACCAGAUAUGAAAGUACAAUAUCUGGUUCAAUGGGAGGGAUGUACUGCAGAAUGAUAUACCACUAAUGAUAAACAAUCUGGAAGCCCCCACUCCCUUCUUAGUCAUCUCUUUUUGGACAUGAUAGUACUGUAUUUUUUUAUUACAAUUGCCUGCACUUUGAUUUGCAAUCAGUGGACUUCUGUUAUAUAGCCAUAUAAACUGUAAAUUGUUGUCUUUAAUGUAUAUUAAA